AUGGCAAAAUCCAAGAGUGGUAGAGAGGCAAAACGCCUUAUAUAUAGUAAGACACUUCGCACUUUUAAAGAGCAACGAAGAAACAACAGCGAAACAGUAAGGAACAACCACACGACAACGAAGCAGUCACCCAGCAACCACCAAGCAAUAAAGAAGCAACGAAACAACGAAACAACAAAGCAACUUAGCUUGAUCCCUGCGUUCAAUUGUGAAAUUCUCUGCUCUCACGCAAUUUCCUGCGGAUACCGCCAUAUCAACACUUCCCAAGAAUCUGGCAACGAAGCAGAAGUCGGCGAGGCAGUGCGUAAGUCUGGCAUUCCUCGGCAGGAGUUCUUUCUGGCGAUCAAGGUCUCGAUGCAAUGGUCCUCCGCAGGUGAGACCUACAGCAAAAUAAUAGAGAGUGUGAACAAGAUUGGCGGCAUGGGCGGGUACGUCGACCUCCUCUUGAUACAGUCCCUCUCCCAUAAUGUCCAGAAGAGAUGUGAUAUGUGGUUUACCCUGGAGCAUGUGCUCAAAAAGGGGAAGACGAGACGUAUCGGCGUUUGUGACUAUACCCUUCUCCCUUUCCUCCAGAUCGGUUCGUAUUCAGACAUAGGGCCACCACAUGUAAUUCAGCUUGAGCUGAAUCCGUGGAAUCAGCAGAAGGAGCUCGUUCGACACUUACGGCAUCAUGGCGUAGUGAUUGAAGCGUACUGUUCGAUGACCGGAAAUGCGAUGAUUCUUGACUUCGACCUGGUAUCCCUGGCAGUGAAAUACAACAAAACCCCACACCAGGUCCUGAUACGGUACUCGCUCCAGAAGGGCUGGGUGCCCUUGCUGAGUAGCACGAACGUGUACCACAUCACGUCCAACACAAAUGUUUUCGACUUCAGCCUUACGGAAGAAGAAAUGAAUACUCUUGACUUGAAGGAUGACGGCAUGUGGGGACACUCUCGUUGGGACAUACCGCAUGCUUGA